UUCUCCAGAUCAUAUACUUGGGAUAAGAGGGCGAAAAUGAACUUCAAAUACGUGUUUGUUUUGUGCUUUUUACUUCAGCUGAAAUACGCAGAUUCCAGUCUAACAGUGCAGGCUGAGCCUGGUGCCGUGGAGGUCGGCGUCACUGACUCACUUAAUGUCACCUGCGUCUACAGCCACGAGAACUCCACUUUAGACAUCGUGACUCUGGUCUCCCUGACCUUGACCCUGUCCAACGAUGCAGGUCUGACCUUCAAAGACCUGGCAACCAUCUACAACUACCCCGAAAACCUAACCAACCACAUCAGCGACGACAAUUUUACAACUUCCGGUUUUCUUGACCCGCAGCAGAGGUCAGAGUUCAGCCUGAAGUGGUUGAAACCGUCACUUCACGAGACCGGUCAGUACAAGUGUAUCGCCACUGGCCUUGACCGUGUUGGUCGUUACGUAACAAUUUCUGCUUUUCUUGACGUCACGGAAUCUGAUCGAAUCAAACAGCUAGAACAUCGAUUAAACACCUUAGAAACAGUUUUGACGACACUGAACAACACGCUGUCUGAGAGGGUAGCACGGCUUGAGUACAUCCAACACACUGUGGGCGACGUUCUCUUUAGCCACUCGUUUGUACACAACAAUAAGGCGUACUCACUGACCCGCCAGCUCUACAGGAACAUCGACGUGGCCCGGCUAGCCUGUCAGCUGUACGGAGGCUACCUGGUCGAGCUGGACGACGCUGGGGAGUACACUGCCCUGGUCAACUUCCUGUCCACCUUCACUCACAUGGACGGUGUCUUCAUCUCUGGCACUGACGAGGGCAGCGAGGGAGUGUGGUACCAGUUCCAGAGCGGACAACUCAUGCCGUUCCUCGAUUGGGGUCCCACGGCGCCCAACGGAGGGGGCGUCCAGAACUGUGUUGUCAUGUGGAGGGUGGAGGGCUGGAAGAUGUUCGAUGACCCGUGUUACAACAACACCGGUAACCUGCAUGCAGUCUGCGAGGUGCCACUAGCUGUCCAGCCAUAGGAAGCUGAUGAUGCACUUGUUAGAAUCUUUUAGAUGUGUAGAAUCGUGUACUGAUAACACAGCUAGCAAUUGUUAGCUUGCUUUAGUGGACAACGUACAGGAAGUAAAUGUUGCAGUAGGAAGAAGUUCAGUAAUAUAUUGUAUGGAAGUGUACUAUUACAAAUAAACACUAAACUGUCAUGUAACAUUAGCACGUGAUUUAUUGUCAAACUUUUCCAAAAUAUUUUUCCUCAUUACAUUUUAUUAUUCAUUCUUUUCUUGCACUGAUUUAAAAUAAUUUUAAAAUCUUGACACAAAUGUAACUACAAAUUAAAUGUAUUAAAACUUAACUAUUGAAAACAAACUAAAAAUUGAAAAAUAUUGAAAAUAAACUACAUUUUGAAAAACUAAAUAUAGAAAACAAACUAAAUAUUGACACUAAAUUUUAGACGAACUAAUUUUCGGACAUAAACUAAAGGUUGGACAUAAAAAGCUGAACAUAUUCUAUAAAUGGAAUACAAAAGUGGAAUACAAUCAGUCUUAUGUUUAAAAAUGUUUGCAUCUUUAUUUUUAAAAAUAUGAAAAACAUGCAAAUAUGUACAGUAAAAUAGUUAAAACCUUGACAUUUGAUUUGUUCUUUGUCUUUUAAUGUUAAAAAUUCAAAUAAAUGAAAAAUCAUUCACUCAGUUU